UAUAAGUGCUUUAGCAAAAAGGUGGAGGCACCUUUGGCUUUCACUACCCGAUCUUGUGAUUGAUUUGCAUAAUAGGUGGCCACCUAAUGCCAGGGCCAAUGUAACCAAUUUUGUUGACAGGCUUCUUUUAACCCUUCGCCCUCAUUCAUCUAUUCAUAGGUUUCGGCUGUCCUGUGACGGAAGGAUUGACUGUACUCGUUUUUAUUCAUGGGUUUGUGCUGCAAUCAGUUGCGAUGUUCGCCAGCUCGAUCUUGAAUUUUUUACCCGAUACAAUAAUGACCGCCCUUUAGUACCUAUGCCUGAGCUUGGUGAGUUGCCUCGGAGCCUUUUCACUUCCAAAACCGUAGUGCUUUUAAAGAUUCAUGGUCGGUUUAUGUUUAAUGUUCCUGAUAAUGUUCGCUUGCCAAACCUUAAGAUCCUUCAUCUCCAUUCGCUUAUAUAUCUGGAUGAUGCAUCCCCUCAAAGGCUCUUCUCAGGUUGUCCUGCCCUUGAGGAUUUGGAGAUCAUUAGACACGGUUGGGAUUAUGCGUGGACUUUUGAUGUUUCUGUGCCUUCGCUGAAAAGGUUUACAUUGAAAAUCAGUAGAAAUAAAAUGAAAAGGUUUGCAGAGUGUGAGUGCAAGAUCAUGGUUAAUGCUCCAAACAUUGAAUACCUUGAAAUUUCCGAUUUUGGAUCAGAUAGAAUUUUGAUUGGUGGGUUGCCCUGCCUUGUUGAAGCACAUGUGAGCAUCUUUAUGUUAUUUGGAUAUUGGAAGAAAAGAGAAAAGGAAUAUGGAAAUGAUGCAUACGGGCUACUUAGAAGUCUCUCAAAUGUUAAGCGUCUAUCGUUAACUGCUUCUACUUUGAAGUCUCUCCGUUACGCUGAUCAUGCCCAUUUGCCAACAUUUUGUAACUUGGUCCAUCUGGAGCUAGGUUUGGAUAAAGAGAAUGGCCUGCUUCCGUUGCCGUAUUUGCUUGAAAGCUCUCCUAAACUAGAAGUUCUUGUCUUUAGGGAGGGAAUUACCCUCCCCGGGGGAUUGACUUACAAUUGCAGAGUCCGAGACUAUAAAUACCACUGGAUUCCACCACAGGAAAUUCCUAAUUGUUUAAUUUGUUGCCUCAAGGCAAUAGUAGUUCACCAAUUUUGUGGCGUUGAAGAAGAGAUGAACCUGUUGAAGUACUUGUUGAAAAAUGCAAUGGUAUCGGAGAAGAUGAUAAUUUUCUGCCAUCGUGGCUAUUCUGUUAACUUUGGAGAAGAAUUAUCAAAUUAUGCGAAGUGCACCAGUAAUUGCAAAUUCAUACUUCAUAUUCCCAAAUGCCAAGGAAAAAGGAAAAGGAAGCUGAGAAUAGUACCUGGCAGCUGAGCAUUUUAUGCAUGCUUUCUGGACACCAAUUUAUCUUUGUAGCUGUUGGUUAUGUUUUUUGUUUUUUUUUUAUGGAACUAUAAAUGGGAUUUUUGUACAUAUUUCAUUUGGACCCGUAUUUAAUGUAGUGGUUUGUUAGUGCA